CACCGGGCAGGACUCCGGGCAGCGGCACACCGGGCUGGACUCCGGGCAGAGGCACCAGGCGAAGCAGCAGGCAGCGGGCCACCAGGCGGAGCAGCAGGCGCCGGACCCCCAGGUGGAGCGACAGGUCUCGGGCCCUCAGGCGGAGCGGCAGGCACCGGGCCCCCGGGCGGAGCAGCAGGCACCGGGCCCCCGGGCGGAGCAGCAGGCACCGGGCCCCCGGGCGGAGCAGCAGGCAGCGGGCCCCCAGGCGGGGCGACAGGCACCGGGCCCCCAGGCGGGGCGACAGGCACCAGGCCCCAGGCGGGGCGACAGGCACCGGGCCCCCAGGCGGGGCGACAGGCACCGGGCCCCCAGGCGGGGCGACAGGCACCGUGCCCCCAGGCGGGGCGACAGGCAUCGUGCCCCCAGGCGGAGCGGCGGGCGCCGGACCCCCAGGCGGAGCGACAGGUCUCGGGCCCUCAGGCGGAGCGGCGGGCGCCGGACCCC